UGAUCAAAAAUCAGAAAGUGCGAGAUAAUUCCCAAGAAAACCUCAACAACCGAAAAGAAAGAAAGAAAGAAGAAAGAAAGAAAGAAAGGAAAGAAAAAACAGAGAAGCCGUUUGAAAUCGAAUCGAAUCAAAUCAAAUCAAUCCUCUUGGAAGCGUUGAGUUUGAAUAGAAAUUGGUGUGAAGAACUUGGAAAGAUGGUGGCUGAAGCAGAGCUCGUGUGUCAACAGAGCGUGGCGUUGUUGGAUGUGAAGUAUUUUCCGAACAAAGGGACUGGAAUUCACGAGAUCGAAGACGUAGCACCCACUGCUAUCUCGCCUCCGAGUUUUGACCGAGCUCGACCUUCUGAAUCGGUCUCCGCUCAGUUACUCACUUCACAAGAUAUACGCAUGGGAAUGGAUUUUUUAUGUAGUUGGUACCAUGAAGAAUAACGCUCUUGCUAGUGCCAACCAAAGGAAGCCAGACCUACCGAUAGAAUCUCAGAUGCAGCUCUUGAAAAUGCUGUUCUGCAAUUUGUUCCCUGCAUCCGUUCUGGUAGUUUUGCUGAUAUUGGGCCACGAAGAUACAUGGAAGAUGAACAUAUAAGGAUAGAUGAUUUGUCGUCUCACCUUGGAUCACUGCACACCUUUCCUAAACCGAGUGCUUUCUACGGGGUUUUUGACGGUCAUGGAGGACCUGAAGCUGCAGCUUAUGUAAGAAAAAAUGUAAUAAAAUUCUUCUUUGAGGAUGGUAGUUUCCCACAGACAUCUGAAGUAGAUAAUGUGUUUCUGGAAGAGGUUGAGAAUUCCCUAAGGAAAGCAUUUCUUUCAGCUGACUCAGCAUUGGCUGAUGAUUGCAGUGUGAACACGUCAUCAGGCACCACGGCUCUCACUGCUUUGGUGCUUGGAAGGCUUCUGAUGGUGGCCAAUGCUGGUGAUUGCCGGGCAGUUCUCUGUCGUAAAGGAGAGGCCAUUGACAUGUCUCAAGAUCACAGGCCUAUAUAUGCAUCAGAGCGGAGGCGAGUUGAAGAAUUGGGCGGUUACAUAGAAGAUGGUUACCUUAAUGGGGUUCUGUCCGUUACUCGAGCCCUAGGUGACUGGGACAUGAAGUUACCAAAGGGUUCUUCCUCCCCUUUGAUUGCAGAGCCUGAGUUCCGACAAAUGGUCCUAACAGAGGACGACGAAUUCCUCAUCAUAGGGUGUGAUGGCAUCUGGGAUGUGAUGUCAAGUCAGCAUGCAGUUAGCCUUGUUCGCAAAGGUCUGAGGCGACACGAUGACCCUGAUAAAUGCGCAAGGGACCUCGUCAUGGAGGCAUUGCGCUUGAACACAUUUGACAACCUCACUGUUAUCAUUGUUUGCUUCUCUUCCCUUGACAACAAUGAGUCCUCUACGCCUCCGUCUCCACCUUGCCAGCGGAAAAUUAGAUGUUGCAGCCUCUCUGCAGAGGCUCUUUGUAGCUUGAGGAGUUUAUUGGAAGGGAGUGCCAGCAACUAAGCGUGUAUGUACAUUAACAUCAAAAAUGUGGUUGUCGAGAUAUUGUAUGCUGUUUUUGGCUGCUUCAGUUAUAUUACCCAUUGGAAAAAGUAGCCAUAAUUUUUUCCUACGUGGUCGGUUGAUGUACAUAGACCGGGAUCAGGGAUCAGUGGUUGGUGGUUGCAGCAGCGGUGACGGCGGUGGGCGGCCGUGUAUAUAUGUAUUAUUGUUAGAUUUAUUUUGUAUUAUAGUCAUUUUUGUAUCCAUGACGACUGCCAGAUUCUUGUACCCAUUCUUAUGUUUCAAUAAAAUUGUUCGGAAUA